AUGGCCACUGUCACUGUAACCAGAACCGUUCCUCCUUCUCCUUUUCUCGAGAAUCUCGAUCGGACCCGCUGGAGACUCAAGAACGAGAAUGGCCGGCAUACAUGGCACUACCUCGAGGACGACGAGGCUGCCCGUCGCUGGCCGCAGACCCUGGCGGAUAAGUACUACUUAGGGCUUCCUCUGAACCAACCCACCCUCCCAAAACCACAAACACCGCUAGACGCCGUCAAAAACGGCUUCACCUUCUUCGAAAAACUCCAGCUCGCCCCCGGAAACUGGGGCUGCGAAUAUGGCGGACCCAUGUUCCUUCUCCCAGGCAUCAUCAUCGCCUGGGCCGUAACAAACACACCUAUCCAACCCGCCUACCGCACCGAAAUCCGUAACUACCUUUUCGCCCGCGCCCACCCCCAAGGCGGCUGGGGCCUGCACGUCGAAGGCGAGAGUACCGUCUUCGGCACCGCCCUCAACUAUACAGCCCUGCGGCUCCUCGGCGUUGACGCGGAGGAGCCCAUCAUGGUGAAAGCACGCGGCGUGCUCCACGGGUACGGCGGCGCGGUGAACGCCCCGCACUGGGCCAAGUUCUGGCUUGCGAUUCUCGGCGUUUGCCAUUGGGAUAUUGUGAACCCUGUCCCGCCCGAGACGUGGUUGCUGCCGGAUUGGGUACCCCUUGCGCCUUGGCGGUGGUGGGUGCAUAUGCGCCAGGUAUUCCUGCCCAUGUCCUGGAUUUGGUCGAGGAAGUGGACGGCGCCGGAGACGAGUGUUGUGAGGGAAUUGAGGAAGGAGUUGUUUGUGCAGCCGUGGGAGAGUAUUGAGUGGGCGUCGUACCGGAAUGCGAUUGCUGAUGUUGAUAACUAUCAUCCCAAGUCGUGGGUGCUUAAUACUGUGAACUGGGUGCUGGCUGAUGUCUGGUGUCCUUACCUGCGCCCGCGCGGGCUGGUGAGGAGGGCUGAGGACUGGGUGAGUAGGCUUGUUGAUAUGGAGGACGCGAACUCGGAUUACUCGGAUCUUGCGUGUGUCAAUGGGCCGAUGAAUAUGAUGGUUUGCUAUAUUCGGGAUGGGCCGGAUGCGUACUCUGUUCGACGGCACCGCGAGAGAUUGGAGGACUUCUUGUGGGUGAACAGUGAGGGCAUGCUGGCCAACGGAACGAAUGGUGUGAUGUGCUGGGAUACAGCAUUUGCUAUCCAGGCAGCGCACGCAGCUGGUCUGGCUGAAGACCCGCGCUGGAAGCCCAUGCUCACCCGGGCUCUGGAGUUUCUCGAUGACCAGCAGAUCCGCGAGAAUUGUGACGAAGCUGAUGUCUGCUACCGAUCACAACGGAAAGGAGGCUGGACGUUCAGUAACAAGGAGCAGGGAUACGCUGUUAGUGACUGUAUCUCGGAGGCGUUGAAAUCGGUUAUCAUCUUGCAAAAGACCCCAGGAUAUCCCCAGCUACUGGACGACCAAAGGAUCUUCGACGCAAUCGAUACCCUUCUCACAUACCAGAACUCAUCUGGUGGUUGCUCGUCAUAUGAACCGACCAGGGGGGGCGAGCAGCUGGAGAUGCUCAACGCAGCGGAGGUAUUCGGACGCAUCAUGAUCGAGUACGACUAUCCCGAGUGCACGACGGCAGUUGUGACUGCCAUCUCUCUGUUCACCAGCUACUGGCCUGACUACCGACCCGCUGAGAUCCGGUCAUUUAUCCAGGGCGCUUUGAAGUAUAUCAAGGCCGCUCAACGCCCUGACGGAAGCUGGUACGGCAGUUGGGGGGUUUGCUUCACAUACGGCACAAUGUUUGCACUCGAAAGCCUCGCCUCAGUAGGAGAAACCUACCACAACAGCCCUGACGUCCGAUGGGCAUGCGAGUUCCUCAUUUCCAAGCAGCGCAGCGACGGCGGAUGGUCUGAAAGCUUCGAGAGCUGCGAAAAAGUACAGUACAUUGAGCAUCCCACCGGCUCGCAGAUAGUCCAGACCUCAUUCGCUCUGAUCGGGCUUAUGAAGGCAGACUAUCCGUUCGUGGGCCCGAUCAAGAAGGGCGUCCAGCUGAUUAUGGACCGCCAGCAGCCCAACGGCGAGUGGUUGCCCGAGGGGAUUGAGGGCAUCUUCAACAAGAGCUGUGCGAUUACGUAUCCGAACUACAAGUUUAUUUUUACGACGCUGGCGAUGGGCAUGUUUUCGAGGAAGUAUCCUAAAGAGCUGCAGUAG